UAUUAUUGAAAUCAAAAUAAAAUUUCCAUUUCAAAAUGGGAAAAACGGAUAACCCUUCUGGGUAUAAGCUGAAGGAAACGGAGAAAACCGUUUACCUGAAGAACGAUACUGAGGUCAUAGGUGUCCAGAAGAAGUACAUUGACGUCCUUAAGAUUAACAUGAAGGACUUCUACAAGGUUGAGGACAAAAUGGCAAAGGGAGACGGGUCCGAAGUACCUCCAUAUAAGGUUUUUGCUCAAGGUCCUAGUGCUUCUACUACGGCCCUCGCAGCUGCACAGAAGGAGGAUACCACUGACCUAGCACGCUCGAAAGCUUCCAAGGAUUCGCCGAAGAACGCAGCCUUGAAGAAUUUGCCAAGUACCUCGAAAGUAUUUCUAGACGGAAAAACGAUCAACUUUGGGUACGAACCGAAGCACACAAGGGUAUCCUUGGGCAUGCCAGAGGACAACUCUGCAAAGAAUAAGGAGCCACUGCGCUCCCCAUCAAUCUCCCCAUGUAAGGGCGAAGCCAUGAAGGUUCCAGUCCCCCCAAAGUCGCUAUCAAUCUCUCCCAGAAAGGUCAACUCUGACAAGGACUCAUUUUUCCCGGAAAAGGUAGACUCGGAGACAGUUCCAGUGCCCUCGGACUCGCCACAUAUCCCUACCAGAAAGGUCGACUCCGAAGAUGUUGUGGUCCCUUUAAAAGCGCCACCGAUGCUUCCAAGAAUGAUAAACUCCGAAAGUGUUCCAUCUCGCUCCGACAUUCCACACAUCCUUCCCAGAAAGGUCGGCUCGGAGAGCGCUCCAGUCCUUUCGGACUGUACACCAAUCAUUUCCAGAAAGAACAAAUCUAAGCAAGGUAUAGUCCCAUCGGCCCCUCCAACAAUCCGCAUUCAAACAUCUACAUCUGGGAACAGUUCAGGUCUUUCCGAUCGUUCCCCAAUCCAAUCGGAAUCCUCGGACUCUGCAUUAAUUCUUUUCAGGAGGGACAACUCUAAGAAAGUUCUUGGCCCUUCGGAUGUGCCACCAGUCCACCCCAGAAGAGUCAACGCUGCGAAGGAUCUAGAUCGCUCCAACUCCCCAGCAAUCGUCCCUAGAAAGGUGAGUUCUGAAAACAAUCCUGCCUCCAAGAACUCAAUUCUUCCCACAAAGGUCAACUCUAAGAAAGUUUUAGACCACUCAGACUUGCCGCCAAUCCACUCUAGAAGAGUCUGCUCUGAAAAGGUUCCAGCUCCGUCCGACUAUUCAACUAUCGACACCAGAAGCGUGAGUUCCGACAUGAGCACUGUCUUCUCAGUUUCGGCAUCAAUUCCCGGAGAGGUCAACUCUACAAAAGAACUCAGCUCAGAUGACGACUCAUCAAUCUCCGACUUUUCGCCAAUCAUCUUCAGGAAGCUCAACUCUAUGGAAGUUGUGGAGCCUUUGAAUUCGCCACCAAUCCUCCCCAGGCAGUAUAACUCUGACAAAUUUGCAGUUCCUUCCGAUUUCUCAUCAGUCUUCCACAGGAAGAACAACUCUGAAAACAAUCCGGUCCCCUUGGCUUUUCACCAGGACUCUUCCCCAACCACCCACAGGAAGUUUAAUUCUGGGAAGACUUUAGCUUGUUCCGACUCUUCACCCAUCCUCCCCAGAAAGGACAACUCUUACACGGCUCAAGUCCCUGAGCUCUCUUCACCAACAGCACCCGGAAUGGCCGCCUCUGAGAAGAAUCUAAUCACCGCGGUUCCUCAAUCUAGCCCAUCAACUUCCACAGCCGGUCGACUGGACUCCACCUCUGCCAAGGACCUUGGAAAAUACAACUCUGAGGAGACUGAAGAAGAAGAUGCCGACAGCGCCAAGGAAGAUGAUGCUCCGAAGGAGGACACAUCGAAAUCGAACGUGCUCUGGAAAGAGAGCUUCGGGGAAAUUUUGCUUAAGAAUCUAGAGGACAGUGCUAUGAAAAUAAUGGAACCGCACGAGUCCCUUGAGGAGUCUUGCAAUAAAUUCGAUCCGAUUCAGUUUGAGAACGCUGCCAAUGGAACUGAUCCAAAACCUGAUUCCAAGGAUGGCGAAAUCAACCAGACCUCCACUAGGGUCUCCAGCCAGGGGGAGAAUGAGAAGCCUCGAAUGCGCAGAUCGAAGAAGAAGAAGGCUUACAGGAAAUGCCUCAGCAAUGAACAGCCUGGCCCAGAUCCCCAGAUCCUCCUGGCUCAGACAGAGACCGGCGAGCUGAAAUUGGUGGAUGUGGUUGACUUUACGCCUCCGUCCUCCAAUGUUUCGUCAUCUGAGACUCUAAAGGAGGUGAAAGUGGGGUCCGCACAGAAGCCGAAAAAGGAGGAAAAAGAGGAAGGCCAAAAUCCAAAAGAGGAACGAGACAAUGAGCUGAUAAGCCACAUCCUUAGGCUACGCGAACGCUAUGAACAGGGUAUAGACAGGGAGAAGAUUGCCCGGGUAAUCUUGAAGCCCCAUUCAGAGCCUUUCAUUUCGCAGGAAUUGGCAGACAAGAUUUUCAUGAGAUUUUUCUACUUCUCUAUUUUCUUCUUUCUCUUCUUGUUUGUCUGUCCUAUCUUUGACAGUCCUCCGUUGAUAGAAGUCUUUCUGAAGGCUGUGAUGCGAUUCAUUGUUGAGAAUUGCAAGCGCGAUAUUUAAUUAUUUGUUUACUGUUUUUAGAUUUUUAAUUCAAUAACGUAGCUACAAACUAUAAAAACUUAAUUAUUUAGGCCAGGCGCAAAAGUGAGAGCUGAUGUUCCUCCAAAAUUAUUUCAAGUAAUGAAUACUAAUAGAACUCUGUCCAAUUCAAUGCUGAACGGGCUUUUUGCAAAUUCCUUUCAAAACUAUUUUUUCCAACAUAUUUUAGGCUGAACUCUGAAAUUUAUUAAUGAAUCGAUUUGGAAAUUUUUAAAUUUGAAUAGCCGUUACUAAUGUCAGAAUGUGAAGCAAACUUUAUUCAUAGAUAUUGUUAAUUAAAAUAUAUUUUGUUGUUGAAAUGUUGACCCAAA